UUUUACUAGUCUCGUGCCCAUCGAUAUCGAACAACACCGUCACUCAAAUACACCCAACACAGCACUGAUAAGCUUUUGGAGAGCGUGGAUACAUACGACCAUGACAGACUCACCGGCACACCGCAUCCCGCUCGACCCUAAGGAACAACCGAUCCUCGACCGCAUCCUCACCAUCCGCGACCACCUGAGCAUCCUCAAGCAAGACCGCAGCACCUACGUCAAAUCCGCCGACGUCGUGAAGUACUACAACCAACUCGUCGACGAAGUAGGUCGCCUGAAUCAAAUCCGCGUUACGAAGCCCGACGAGCAAAACCGCGUAGACACGGUGCUCGACGAUUGCUUCCAACUCAUCUCGCUUUUCUUCCUGACCAUCGGUCGCAACUCCGAGGCCCCGGCAGUGUAUAGUGCUAUCAGCACUGUUAAGCGCUUACUGGACCAUCUUAUCGAGGCUGGGUUCUAUUCGCCAAAGGAUCUUGAGAGUAUCAGCCAUCAUCUCGAGCAAUGGCAGGCCUCAAUCGCGCGAGGCAAAGACUCGCAUAGCACGCACAUGAUCACGCUGCUGGAGGCGAGAAUACAUGUGUGUCAGCAAAAGCUUCACGAUUUACAGUCCAGUUUGAGCCGGUUGGAUCCGGAGAUGAUGGGCACGUACGAUAAGUUGGUGAGCAUAUUGCGCUCGUUGUCGGCUUGUAAUACGCGGUCGAGGUUUCCUGCAAAAGAGGUGCAGGAGUUUGAGAAAGAACUACUCCAGAUCCAAGAGGAGAUGCACCAGAUGCGCGAUGAACAUACAGGCAAAAGCGCCGAGCAAGUAUACGCCGAGCGCUUCCUGCAGCUAAGCUUGACCGACGACAAGAGCUCUGACGGCCCAACCAUCGUCCGCGCGUUGCUGGCACGGUGCUUACUCUGGGUCGAAAUCAUCCAAGUGAAACAAGGCCAUAUCUCCGACCGCUUCCAUGACCAAUACGACAAACUGCUCAAAAUCCGCAACACCCUCGAGCAAAUGAACCUCACCCACGCCUGGUCCCUGCGCGAAACAGACCUCUACUCCUACCAACGCCAACUCGACCGCAUCGACGAAUCACGAGUCGACGGCAACUUCGUCGACGCCGAAGGAAACCCCGCAGAGCUCUACGAACAACGCACCCUCCUCUAUCUCCUCCGCAAAUGUUACGCGUUCAUAUACCAGUACAUCAUCUCCUCCGAACCGGUCUCCGAAGCGUUGUUGCCGAUCUAUAAUCAGCUGCUGACGCUGAAGCGGUGUUUGAUUGAAGUCAAGCGGUCGGGCGGCGUGGAUAGUCCGAGAGAGUUGUAUCCGUAUUCGAUGAAGUUGAAUAGUAUCGAUAACAUGAAGAAGGAUGGUAAGUUCAUGGUUGGGAACGAUAUUCCCGAGGGCCAGGCUAGUGUGACGGCGUUGUUGGCGGAGUGCUUUGAGCUUGCUUAUGAGUUGAGGGAGGAGAGUCAGAGAGAGGAGGUGGAGACGGCAGAGGAGGAGGACGAUGCUGUAGAAGACGGCGGUGGUGCUGGGGUUGAGGCGGCGAAUGGGCUGAAGGUUGCAGGAUAGGUACGCUUUGAUGAGAGGCAUGCUCUUCGUUUUUCGUUGCAUGCUUACCGCAAGGCGCUGGGGAGCUGAGCUUUUGGUGGCACAACUCUGACCCGAUUUCGUAUCCUACAAUCCAAUCUAAAGUUCGGUUGGCGGCGCUGUACAGAAAUGUCCGCCGGGCAUACAGUACCUGGUUUGACCUCAAGCCAGCUCUAUCUUCUCCAGCAGAUUCUCAAGUACAUUCACAUCAUCGCUGUCAUCCUCAGGUGUGUCAGCAUCGACGAACGUUAAGCGAUCCCCGUACGAGAUGCACAAUUCCUCGCCUUCCUCAACAUUUCUUAACGCACGGUAUAUAACGAGCUGGUUCGGUACAUCUCUCGUCC